UUAGAAAAUUUGUAACUAACAAUAAUUUUAAUUACUGUUAUUUUUCAGGUACUAUAACAGAAAAUAUGGGUAAAAAAGGUGACGACAUACAAAUAGUCGAAGACGGACCCGACAAAGAGAAGAAGGCUAAACUAUGCCCACAAAUAAUAGCUAGUAUUAUAGCUACAUUAUCCUUUCUCGCCGCCGGACUUAUUUACUCUUGGCCAACGCCUGUUCUACCUCAAAUCGAGACCAAGAAUGUUAAGUUGCUCGUGACUUCUGACGAGGGAGGAUGGAUAGUUAGCGCGUUGCCAAUAGGUGCCAUUUUUGGUCCAAUUGCAUCUGCUUUACUGAUUGAUAACAUGGGCAGAAAAUGGUUCCUUUAUAUAACUUCGGUACCAUUCAUUGCCUGCUGGAUACUUACAUACCUGGCCACUGAUUGGUUAUUAAUUUUCGUGGGAAGAUUGGUCGGUGGGAUUUCAAUUGGAUCUAUUUUCGCCGCGGUUCCGAUAUAUCUCGGAGAAAUUGUCGAACCAAGAAUCAGAGGAGCUGUUGGUACUUUAUUGGGGCUAUCACUUAGUGUAGGAAAUCUAUUAAUGUGUGGAAUUGGACCACUGAUAGACAUGAAGUUGCUGGCACUCUUUUGCUUGGUACCAACAGUCGUAUUCGUUUUAACAGCUACAUGGUUGCCGGAAUCGCCUUACUACUCCUUAAAAAAAGGCAAGCGGGAGACUGCAGAAUUAUCCUUAGUAUGGCUGAGAGGUAAAAUUGACAAUGAAAAGGAAAUAAAUGAAAUUGUUGAAUACAUAAAUGCGGAAGAAAAGGGAGGCUUUAAAGAACUGUUCACGGAUCGAAUAAACAGGAAAUCAUUACUGAUUGUGCUGUUGUUAUCAGCUGGUCAACAAUUAUCCGGAGUAGGAGCUGUCCAAUCGUACGCUGGAUUUUUAUUCAAGGAUAUGUCUUUAAAACUAAGUCCCAAUGAUCUUGUUCUAAUAUUGUGUGGACUGGGUAUAGUGGCAGGUGCCCUAUCCGUAGUUGUGAUCGACAGGUUCGGCAGAAGAUACCUUUUCCUGAUAUCAAGUUACAUCGUUGGUCUAUGCCUUUGCCUUAUAGGAGUGUACUUCGUUCUUCAGAAACAAAUGAAGCUUGAUAAAUUUUCUUGGAUACCGUUAGCCGCUUCUGUAGUUUACUACAUCUUCGUCUCCCUUGCUUUGACCUCAAUAGUAUCAGUGGUCUCCUCGGAAAUCUUCUCGAUAAGAGUGAAACGCUGGGCAACGAUGUUUAUACACAUUUUCGGAUCCUUACUUAACCUCAUCGUGACAAAAUGUUAUCAACUUGUGGUCGACGCUUUCGGCUACCCCGUGAUAUUCUUCGCAUUAGGCAUUAUUGAGCUUAUUGUAGCCACCACUGCAGUCUUCGUUUUACCAGAGACGUCGAAAAAAUCUUUAGCAGACAUUCAGAAGACUUUGCACAAGGAUGAACACAGGAAAAUUGACAAAACAGAAAAGAAAAAGGAACUCGAGAUAGAAACCAUAGAAGCGCAGUGAACAACUUCUGCAUCUAAUUUAUUACACUCUAUUUUAUAAAUACCUACAUUUUAUGUGUGGAACUUGCCCGCGACAGGAAUGCAUGUAACAUAAAGAUCAUUAAAAAGUAUUAUAUUUUAUUACACUUUA